AUGGCGCUCAACCCUCAGGUGGGGUUCAUGCAAAUCUCCAAGAAGGUGCCCUUCGAUAACCCUGAUGUCUUGAACGGCGUCCGCGCUCUCUACGUUCUGUCCAACGUUAUCAUCGCCGGCAUUUACCUCUAUGUCCAGUCGAUCAUCAACAAGAAGAAUGACAUGACCGUUGUCAAGUACGUCGAGCCCGCCCCCAUGGGUUCCGGCGAGGAGCCCAAGUUCGUCGCUACCACCGUCAAGGCCUACGAUCUCUCCCAGCUCCGCCAGCUCUUCAAGACCCAACUCAUGGGUGUCGGCAUGAUGGCUGUUAUGCACUUCUACUUCAAGUACACCAACCCUCUGUUGAUCCAGUCCAUCAUCCCUCUCAAGGGCGCUUUCGAGGGCAACUUGGUCAAGGUUCACUUGCUCGGACAACCCGCAACUGGCGAUUUGCAGAGGCCUUGGAAGGCAGCUGGCGGCCUCAUGGGAGCCAUGCAGGGCGGAGAGAUUAAGACCGACAAGAAGAGCAUCGAGGCUGCCGAGAGGGCCGGACGUGGAGGUGUCAAGGACGAGUAA